CUCGCGAGUCGGAAGCCUGUGCGCCGCCGCCGCCGAGCCGGCCGGGGCGCACGGAGAGCGCGCGGGACUCGCUGCAGCGGCGGCCGGGCGGCGGAGGAGCCGGGCCGGGACUGGAGCCGAGCCCCGCGCGGAGCCCACGACCCGCCCGCCGCGGCGCCUGCUUCCCCGCACCCCCGCAGGGCAGCGGCGGGCCGCGGCUGGCGUCGGCGGGGCGCGGAGGAACCGCGGCGGCGGCGGCCCCAUUCUCGCCGCCUGCCCCGGCCGGGCCGUGUCCCGGAGCCGUCGGGCAUGGAGCCCUGGAAGCAGUGCGCGCAGUGGCUCAUCCACUGCAAGGUGCUGCCGGCCAACCACCGGGUGACCUGGGACUCGGCGCAGGUGUUUGACCUGGCGCAGACCCUUCGCGAUGGAGUCCUGCUCUGCCAGCUGCUCAACAACCUCCGGGCGCACUCCAUCAACCUGAAGGAGAUCAACCUGAGGCCGCAGAUGUCCCAGUUUCUCUGUUUGAAGAACAUAAGGACAUUCCUCACGGCCUGUUGCGAGACAUUUGGAAUGAGAAAGAGUGAACUCUUUGAAGCAUUUGACCUGUUUGAUGUUCGUGACUUUGGAAAGGUUAUAGAAACACUGUCACGACUUUCUCGCACACCUAUAGCGUUGGCCACAGGAAUCAGGCCCUUCCCAACAGAAGAAAGUGUUAAUGAUGAAGACAUUUACAAAGGCCUUCCUGAUUUAAUAGAUGAAACCCAUGUGGAAGAUGAAGAAGGUCUCUACGACUGUGUUUAUGGGGAAGACGAAGGUGGAGAAGUCUAUGAGGACUUAAUGAAGGCAGAGGAAGCACAUCAAGCCAAAUGUCCAGAAAAUGACAUACGAAGUUGCUGCCUAGCAGAAAUUAAGCAGACAGAAGAAAAAUACACAGAAACGUUGGAGUCCAUAGAAAAAUAUUUCAUGGCACCGCUAAAAAGAUUUCUGACAGCAGCAGAAUUUGAUUCAGUAUUCAUCAACAUUCCUGAACUUGUAAAAGUUCAUCGGAACCUAAUGCAAGAGAUUCAUGAUUCCAUUGUAAAUAAAAAUGACCAGAACUUGUAUCAAGUUUUCAUUAACUACAAGGAAAGGUUGGUUAUAUAUGGGCAGUACUGUAGUGGAGUGGAGUUGGCCAUCUCUAGUUUAGACAACAUUUCUAAGACAAAAGAAGAUGUAAAACUGAAAUUAGAGGAAUGUUCCAAAAGAGCAAAUAAUGGAAAAUUCACUCUUCGAGAUUUGCUUGUGGUUCCUAUGCAACGGGUUUUAAAGUAUCACCUUCUUCUCCAGGAACUGGUCAAACAUACCACUGAUCCUAUGGAGAAGGCAAAUCUGAAACUGGCUCUUGAUGCGAUGAAGGACUUGGCACAAUAUGUGAAUGAAGUGAAAAGAGAUAAUGAGACCCUGCGUGAAAUUAAACAGUUUCAGCUAUCUAUAGAAAAUCUGAACCAACCAGUUUUGCUUUUUGGACGACCUCAGGGAGAUGGUGAAAUUCGCAUAACCACUCUAGACAAGCAUACAAAGCAAGAAAGGCAUAUCUUCCUGUUUGAUUUGGCAGUGAUUGUAUGUAAAAGGAAAGGCGAUAACUAUGAAAUGAAGGAAAUAAUAGAUCUUCAGCAGUACAAAAUAGCCAACAAUCCUACAACUGAUAAAGAAAAUAAAAAGUGGUCUUACGGCUUCUACCUCAUCCAUACCCAAGGACAAAAUGGGUUAGAAUUUUAUUGCAAAACAAAAGAUUUAAAGAAAAAAUGGCUGGAACAGUUUGAAAUGGCUUUAUCGAACAUAAGGCCAGACUACGCAGACUCCAAUUUCCAUGAGUUCAAGAUGCACACCUUCAGUCGGGUUACAUCCUGCAAAGUCUGCCAGAUGCUCCUGAGAGGAACAUUUUAUCAAGGCUAUUUAUGUUUUAAAUGUGGCGCGAGAGCACACAAAGAAUGUUUGGGAAGAGUAGACAAUUGUGGCAGAGUUAAUUCUGCUGAACAAGGGACGCUCAAACCACCGGAGAAACGGACCAAUGGACUACGAAGAAACCCGAGACAGGUGGAUCCAGGUUUACCAAAGAUGCAGGUCAUUAAGAACUAUACUGGGACACCACCCCCGGCUCUUCAUGAAGGACUCCCGUUACAUAUCCAGGCAGGGGAUACGGUUGAACUUCUGAGAGGAGACGCACACAGUCUGUUUUGGCAGGGUAGAAAUUUAGCAUCUGGAGAGGUUGGAUUUUUUCCAAGUGAUGCUGUCAAGCCUUGCCCCUGUGUCCCCAAACCAGUAGAUUAUUCUUGCCAACCCUGGUAUGCUGGAGCAAUGGAAAGAUUGCAGGCAGAGACUGAACUUAUUAAUAGGGUAAAUAGUACUUACCUUGUGAGACACAGGACCAAAGAGUCAGGAGAAUAUGCAAUUAGCAUUAAGUACAAUAAUGAAGCAAAGCACAUCAAGAUUUUAACAAGAGAUGGCUUUUUUCACAUUGCAGAAAAUAGAAAAUUUAAAAGUUUAAUGGAACUUGUGGAGUACUACAAGCAUCAUUCUCUUAAAGAAGGUUUUAGAACCUUGGAUACGACCCUACAGUUUCCAUACAAGGAGCCAGAACAUUCAGCUGGACAGAGGGGUAAUAGAGCAGGCCACAGCUUGCUAAGUCCGAAAGUGCUGGGCAUCGCCGUUGCUCGGUAUGACUUCUGUGCCAGAGACAUGCGAGAAUUGUCCUUGCUGAAAGGAGACGUGGUGAAGAUUUACACGAAGAUGAGUGCAAAUGGCUGGUGGAGAGGAGAAGUAAAUGGCAGGGUGGGCUGGUUUCCAUCCACGUAUGUGGAAGAGGAUGAAUAAAUUCCACUGCAGUGUUACACCCUGCACCAGAACUUUCAGAGAAGGGAUAAACAGAAGCCUGCACAGCAUUGUGAAUUAACUGAAGUGUUUAAAAAGCCACAUUUCUGGCUAUUCAACAUUCUCCCUCCUUUUCCCCUCCUAAGUCUUAAUGCUGGGAUUUCUAAAGAUGCUGGUACUGACAGAUUAAUGGCUUGCCUAGAGCUGUGCAAGAAACAGCCUGCCAGUCUGUCAUUGUCGGGGACUAGGGCACAGCCAAAAGCUUUUUUUUUUUCCCCAAAAGAGCCCUGCAAACACAUCGGUUUGUAUUUCUUUUUACCAUGUGUGGUCAGGCACCAUGAACGCCAGCUAUCAGUAAAUGGUGGACACACAUUUACUUUCUUCUCACGUGCCAUUCACCAGAAUCUUUGAUGGUACAAAGAAGCAGAAGUUUAAUUUUGCUUUUCCCAGCAUGAGGAAAAAUCAGAGUCUCGCUUUUUGGGCAGCUUCCGGGAAAGAUCCAGCACUCCUUGUCUUAAAUUGCCUCACAAGGUGACUCAUCACCUGGCAGACACUUUUACCCCCAGAUGUUACUCAUGAUAAAACAGAGGAGGCAAAUGCUCAGGUUUGCUUCAUAAGUGAUAUAUCCCAGAGGGGUUUUAAUUAUUCAUUUGAUGUUCUGAUUAUAUUUGCAAACUUCUUCAUAUAAAAAAAAAGUACAUAAAAGAGUGUCUUCAUGUUAAAUUUUCACAGCCUUCAUGAUUUCAUAGAGUUAUUUUGGAAAUGUGUAAUUCACUCUAUGAAAUAAUCUUGGCUGGGUAUGUUCUGGGUAAUUUCAAGUAACCUGGGAAAGGUGGCAUUGUUUACAGAAACAGAUCAAGGGCUAUAACUGAUUGUAAGUCAUUUUAUGGAAGCAACAUCUAUUAACAUAAGCUCCCCCCCCCCAUAAAAAAGGACAUAUUUGUUGAAUCUCACAUUUUCCUGGAGUAUUUACAGUAGCACAGACAACUUUGGUGAGGAUUUUGAAAGGGAAGCCCAGCUGGGUCCUAUAUGCAUUUCUGGGACAGGAGGGUCACUAAGACUUUUCUAGUCUUAUUCACUGUGGGCUCCCAGCCUUUUACUAGGAUCUUCCCACCUGCAGGCCCCUUGGGGGUGUCCAUUAACUGGUGGGAAGAUCUGUUUUGCAGUGCAUUUGACCAAGCCUUUACUUUUUAUGUGAGGAGGUUAAAUAUGUUCUUCCUGGGACAUACAGAGUCCUUAGUCAAGACAGUCAGGUUAAGACACUAACUUGGCCCUUUGCUGAUGAAAUAUUUUCUCCGUAGCAGAAGUCUUGUUCUGACAAGAUUCAGAGUGUUUCAUGUUUGAAGACAACCAAACAAAACAUGAGAAGCAUUAAUUUAAUAGAGCCAAACUAGGGACAUUCAGUUCUCAAAUUCUGGAUCAUCUCUGAAAUGAGGUAGGUAGGUGUGACCUGCCCUCUUCCCAACCCACUUUAAUGUCAUAACUUAAUGUUCAGUAGGACAUAUCCCCCUUCAGAGACCCUCGUGAGCUAGGACUUCUCAAGAUAGAUUCAGGACCUUUACCUCAGAAUUAUGUAAACUGUGAUUGUGUUUUAGAAAAAUUAUUUGCUAAAACCAGUUAAGUUUUUGUAUAUGUGUAAAUGAUCACAAAAAUGAAUUUUAUAAAAUGUUCUGUACAGUAAAGUUAUACCCUCAAGGUGUACUCUCAGAAUGGAUUCUUUCCUAUGAAGUCUUACCUGCGAUCCUGUGUCUUGGGAAUGUUUUGUCUGUUACUGUCAGCCAAAUGUUGUUACGGAGAAAGUCACUUCACACAAAUUGAAAUACUCCUAUGUAUAGUACUGUAGCCUAUAUUGUUUCUUUUAUUGUUAUUUUAGCCAAGAGACUCCCUCCCUUACAAAUGGUGUUUGGUUUUCCUGUUGCAUUUCAUAGACCUGGGGGUUUCCUAGCAGAGGACAUUAGAGCCCCUUUUCAUGACAUUGCCAAUUACAUCUUUGUCUGUGUUUAAUACUUUGUAUUGGAAAUUUUAAAUGCUGUGGAUUUGUGUAGAUUUCUAAUACCAAAGACAGAAGUAAACGUUUCUUCCAUAUGCUUUGUCUUGCCUGUAUGCAGCCAUUGUGUAAUAUGGUGAAUUAGAAUGGUAUUUCAGUUUGUAAUAUUUUGUAAAUAUGUCAAUAAAAUAGUUACUACUUGCA